UUUAGCCGUGUUUCCUCCGUGCUCGCAGUCAGCGUCUCAUCCGCCUCCGUCAAAAAGUGCAUUCAGACACGUGCACUUGGAUAAGUCGCUUUCAGUCUUGUUUAAAACCCGCUUUAAUCUGGCUGUGUUCUUUUAAAGCUCUCCAGCUGUUAGCGCAGAUUAUCGUAUUGAUUUGCGGUCGAAUGAAAAAAAGAAUAGGGCCCAUGUUUCCGCAUUGGUCGCCUAAUAUUGCGCAAGUUCUGUGUUUGCACACUGUAGGCGACACGCAACAAACAAUAAACGUGAUUUUUUGCCAACGCUAUUUGUUUUAAAUUGUGUGCGAGCCUUACGUUAAAUCAGCGUUGCCAUAACAACUUCCAACCGCAUGCACGUUCUGUCCUCUCCCUCCCCUCUCGCCAAUCCCUCUACUGCAAUGCAUCACUCCCGUCUCCCUCCCCCAAUCUCUCUCCCGAUCCUAAAGACUGAAUAGACGCUGCUACUUGUGUAGGCUAUGCAAUUACGCCGACACAUGAUUUUGCAUGCAUGACUGUCUUUCAUCCUACCUUUAACCUCUCCUUUCCAACGGGGGGGAAAAAAAACAUUGUAGGGUAAGCGUUCGCGUAUCUUCCCCCCCCCCCCCCAAAUACAUUGCGGCGGUCGGCAAGUGCAUUUUUCGUUUGAUUUUCGGUCUCUCCUGUGCUGGCCAGUGCAUUCACCUCCCGAUUGAGGUUUCCGACGGACGGACGGACGGACUUACACAGUUUUCUUACCGGGAGUGGACACUGGAAAAGAAGAUGCCGUUCGCUUUACCGCAGUGAAGGAGCUCUGGGCUCCCCGUGAGCACCGUGGUGCUCUGGACCGUCUGGCGGUGAGCUGCUGUCUGUCCCGGUCCCGGAGCGACACCCCGGAGAUGGGCCUCUUCCCUCCGACCGUCGGCAUGGCUACGCUGCGGCCGACCGUCGGCAUGGCUACGCUGCGGCUGCUGCUGCUGGCCUCCGUCCUGGCCGGCGCCCUGCACGCGCCCCUGUGCCGCGCGGCCUGCGUGGAGGUGGAUUCUGACACGGAGGCAGUGGCGGGAAAGGGGUUCAAGCUGGGCUGCAUCUCCUGUAAGAUGAGGGGCGAGGUCCCCGCCACCGCCACGGUGGACUGGUUCUUCAAGGCCAAAGAGGACAGCGACUUCUCGCACAUAUUCAGCUAUGAGGCCGAGAGCCCCAGCAUCAUGGACGACCGCUUCUGGGAGCGGAUCGACUGGAACGGGAGCAAGAAGACCAACGACCUUCAGGACGGGUCGAUCUACAUCCUCAACGUGACCUUCAACGACACGGGCGUCUUCCGCUGCUUCUUCGACCGCGUCCUCACCUUCUCCAGCUACGAGUUCCGCACCCACGCCACCAAGUUCAUCACCCUCAACGUGGUCGCCAAGGCCACCAGGGGCACGGCGUCCAUCUUGUCGGAGGUGAUGAUGUACGUGUCCAUCAUUGGACUGCAGGUGUGGCUGGUGGUGGAGAUGGUGUACUGCUACAGGAAGAUCUCAGUGGCAGGGGAGGAAGCUCUUAGAGAGAGCGCAGCGGAGUACUUAGCGAUAGCCUCGGAGAGUAAAGAUAACUGUGCCGGCGUACAGGUGGCGGAAUAGCACAGGCCAAAAAAAGGGUCCGGUGGGCGUCUCUGAUCACCCCUACAACCACCUCAUCCCCAAACGGCACCCGGCCCCCCCCCCCGCCCCUCAAAUAGAACCCUCACGACCCCCCAACCACCUGUCUCAUCACUCAGUGAGUAAACUGUGAAAAGGAAGGAAGCUGUUCCCUUUUUCAGCUGUCAACAGAGACUAAGGAAAAUGAAGAACAAGAGAAGAAAAAGUUAAAAGAAAGAAAAAAAAAACCUAUUACCACAGAGAAUCGUGGUUACUGAUAACCAAGGGCAGGAAAAGACCUUUGACGAAACAAAGACUUAGAAUAGCAUGCUCAUGUAAAACAUUCAUGUAAUAUUGAAUAUGACAUGUAUAUAACUAUGUGCACAUCUAGAAAAUCUCUCUCGUUACAUUAUAUGAGUCUAUAAGAGAUAAUACCUGUAUACUUCAGUGUAGCUCUCUCUCCAUCCAUGUACCCAGAAAUCUGCUGGCUUCAUGUAUUAUCACCACGCUGUAUAAAGUAACACCUCCACUUCUGUAAACAGUUAAGAUGCUAUCGAGACGUGUCGAGGGAAAGAUCCUAACAUCGUCUUAACUUGUCUGUAGAGUCUCCAGCGGUACUGGAAAGGAAUAGGAUGGGUUCAUGUGCAAAACUAGAUCAGAAUUCUAAAAUUUAAAAAAUAAAAAAUAAAAACUACAAGCUAGGCGUUUCCCUAAGCAGAGACUUUAUCUACACGGUGAAAGUGGUGAAGGUAGAACUGAGAGGGAUUGUUCCGUGAGCAGGGUUGCCAGAUGUGGAGUAUGUCAAAACCCGGACAACAUGCGCAGCUGGAAGCUGCAAGCUGUGAUGUCGGGAGCUGUCAGUACGGGGUGCCUUUCCAUCGGACCCCGGGAGUCAGUGACGCGCAAAUUCAUUACAAACUGCUGGUUAAUUUCUGCCAUCGGCCGGUCCGAGCAGGCUGACUGAUGGCAGAAAUGUACCUGUGCUUGCACCUGUGCAUUUGAUGGCUGAGAGGUACAGUUCCGACCGGAAACCGGGAAAAUAAUUAGAAAACCAUUCCGGUCAAAAAACCGUACGUCUGGCAACCCCAUAGCGUGAGAGGACGGGCUGCAAGCUCUACUGGAGUGGGUACCUGUGUUCACAGUCGCCUCCCACUGCUGAGUAACCAACCAGCCCCUCACGCCGCUGUUCUCUCCACUGCCUGCAGGGGGCAGACUAAGCACUGCCUCGCUAACUUCAGGAAGCAUUGUCGUGGUUUUCGAUGGCAAAAGGGGGAACACUGUAUUCUUAUUCAUUUAUUUUGUUGUUUGUGACUUUGCACACACCCAUCUUUGUGGAAAAAUGGGCGUGCUUGCACCGACCGUAUGGAAUUCGGUCCCGGCAGGAUACAGGUAUACGCGGUAAAAAAAAAAAAUUUAGAAAAAGAAAAGUGUGUAAUUGUAAAUGUUUUCCUUCAGGGUUUAGAGAUACAACUUAACCCGAUACAUGGUGCAUGCGUUUCGUGUGUAAUCAAAGAACACAUUCAGCUCUGUCUCUUAAAAUACAUAACUUCUGGACGACCGUUAAAUGAAUGGAGUAUUUU